GAUCAUUGAAACAAUCGGUUAUGGACAUGACAGACAUUAAACACAUAAUCAGACGCCCCGUUUCAAUAAUUAAUUUACACAAAAGAGAGUAUCGGAGGCCGUAGAACAGUCUCAUAGACCACAACAUUUAGGAAAUAAAGCGAGCAGGUGCCAUUGUUCUAGAAUCGGCAGUGAGUUUGGUUCAGUUGAACUUUAUGGUUCGGAUCGGUCAGUUAUAAGCUAUUUCGCGGGAAAGUGUUAAAAAGUGAACUAUGUGAAUCGUUUGGAGUAAAUUCGUACGAUUUUUCGCUCCUUUGAACGCAGUUAAGAGUUCUCCUAAUUGGCCCAACGCGGAAGCCGCCAACAUGCGGCUACGCAAAGUCCUUAAUCACAAGUUCAUACUAAACUGUUGCAAUUUUGCAUUUUUGGUCUGCGGCACCAUCAUCUUAUUCUGUGGCUUCUAUCUCUUCUCAGACACAAAUCGGAUUCUUCUAUCGCGACUACUAGGUGCUACCAACGAACAACUGGCUGAUCUUCCGCAGCCACUUUUCUACUACAUCUCCCUUGGUCUGGGAGCGGCUGGAACCAUUGCCAUAUUAGCUGCCAUCGUUGGUUUCUGGGCGUCAUGUCUCAACACAUACUGCUUUCUCACCCUCUAUUUCCUGACGACAGUGAUCCUCCUUCUAUUGGAAUCCGCUGCAUGCCUGGCUAUAACAAUCUGGCCUCAAUGCCUGGGACUAAAUCUGGACGAAACAAAAAUGGUGAAGGCAAUGCAAGGAAGUUAUGGCGUCCCAGGAAGGGAACAAUUCACGAUUGCAAUGGAUUUGGCCCAAGUGCAUUUUCGAUGCUGUGGAAUAAAUAGCGACAUAAACUAUGAUACAUCUCUAUGGAGGCUUCAAAGCUAUGGACAAAGGGACUGGACAGUGCCUUUGACUUGCUGCAAGCUUCAGAAUAAAAACGAACGGUUCGCGUAUUUGGACCCAAAACCACUGAACGGAUCACUAUGUCAAGCGCUUCAAAAAUUUGACUACGAACUUGCACGCCACACGGAGUCCUGUCUGAACAAAAUCGACGCGUGGUAUCGGGAACAGCAUGUUCUCUUUCUGGGAGGUAGCUUGAUCGUUUCAAUCGUGGAGUUUUGUGUGCUUCUCGCGAUCAUUUUGAACUGCACGAGAAUGCCCAGGAAAGCGAGUUGUAGAGAGGAUCAAAUUGAAUUACACUCAACACAUCGAAACCAGCGAGGAAUUCCGUCAAUUGAAAAUGUUUAUGAAACGGAUCUUGGGAGCAUUCCUACGGAAAUUAAGGAAGUCUACAUUCAGCCGCCGGAUUUAUGCAAGAAUCGACACAACACAACAUUCAAGCCGAAGGGGAAUCAAUACCAAAUUUCGAAAAGUUACUUAGUUUAAGAUGUGUGACUGCAGCUUUUUUUUUGUUUUUUGCAUAAUUGUAAGAAGUAAUUUUAGGUGAGAAUUUUAAUAUAUGCUUUUU